GUGAAUUUGCUGUCGUGGCCUCUGGUCUCGUGGCGUGGUCAGACUGACAGGAAGCACUACACACGUUUUGACUUCUGUAAACAUGGAAGUGCAUAAAGACGCUUUUGACUUGCCUUCUACAGUGUAUCCUGUAUGACAGGAUCCCUGAGAGCUGCAGUCACGAGUUUUUCCUGACAUUCAGUCAUUUCCUCCGGAGCAGCGUGUUUCUGCUGCCUGAUCGGAGGAGGAAGUUGAAUAUGUAUUGAUCUAAAAUUGUUUCGGACUAAAACGCAAAAUGCCUUCUUUCGAGCAAGUAAAGCAGAGUUUGGAGAGCGCAGGGCAGGCGCACGUCCUGCAGUUUUGGCCGGAGCUGUGUGAGGAGGAGAGGGACGUUUUCCUGGAGGAGCUGGCUCAGCUGGACCUGAAAGGGCUGAAGGAUCACUGUGAAGCGGCCGCGAAGGCUGCAGCCUCCCCGCCUGACAGUUUGGAUCAGCACAUAGAGCCGAUCCCCCCUGAGUUCAUCGGCAGCGUGAAGAAAAGUGGGAGAGACUCUCUAGAAGAGUGGGAAAGACGAGGGCUGCUGGAAAUCUCGGAGAACUGUGUUGGAGUCCUGCUCUUGGCUGGUGGUCAGGGGACCCGUCUUGGUGUUCAGUACCCUAAAGGAAUGUACAAUGUUGGGCUGCCGAGUGGCAAAACUUUGUAUCAGAUCCAGGCAGAACGCAUUCGCAAAAUCCAAGAGCUUGCAGACAGCAAACAUGGCUCUAAAUGCACUGUUCCAUGGUACAUAAUGACCAGUGAAUUCACUCUGGGUCCCACUGAGACUUUUUUUAAGGAGAACAACUAUUUUGGACUGGAACCAACAAACAUCAUUAUGUUUGAGCAAAGAAUGAUUCCAGCUGUGACAUUUGAUGGAAAAGUCAUCUUGAAGGAUAAAGGGAAGAUAGCCAUGGCACCAGAUGGUAAUGGAGGUCUGUACCAGGCACUGGUGGACAAUAAGGUGCUGGAGGACAUGAAGAAAAGGGGAGUAAAGUACCUGCAUGUGUACUGCGUGGACAACAUUCUGGUCAAGAUGGCCGAUCCUGUGUUUAUUGGCUUCUGUGUGAGCAAGGGCGCUGACUGUGGGGCCAAGGUGGUGGAGAAGGCGUACCCUACAGAGCCGGUCGGUGUGGUUUGCAGAGUACGAGGGGUAUCCCAGGUGGUCGAGUACAGUGAGGUCCAGCCACAGACGGCUGAACUGCGAGGACCUGGAGGAGAGUUGGUUUACAGUGCUGGAAAUAUCUGCAAUCAUUGCUUUACCAGGAGCUUCCUGCAGGAUGUGGCAGAGAAAUAUAAAGACCAGCUGAAGCAACAUGUUGCCUUAAAGAAAGUGCCCUUUGUUGACGCACAAGGCGUUCAAGUCAAACCAUCCAAAUCCAAUGGCAUAAAGAUGGAGAAGUUUGUUUUUGAUGUCUUCCCAUUCUCAAGGAACUUUGUUGCGUUUGAGGUUGUCAGGGAGGAUGAGUUUUCCCCCCUGAAAAAUGCAGAUGGCUCAGUCACAGACAACCCGACCACAGCCAGAAACUCUCUGCUGGCUCAACACUGCCGCUGGGCCACAUCUGCUGGAGCCACACUGUUGGAUGAAUAUGGGAAUCCUCUUCCUCUUCCCAGCGUGUCAGCUGAUGACAGUCCUCCGGCUCAAUGUGAGAUUUCACCGCUUGUCUCGUACUUUGGAGAGGGUCUGGAGCAGCUGCUGAAAGGGAGGACAAUUCAUACUCCCUUUGUUCUGGAUGAAAAGCAGGCCAAAAAGUUGCAAGCCCAAUAGCUUUUUUUUUUUUGUCAUUUAGAGAGUUUUUUGACAUUCCAACACAGUGGAUUGCAGCUUAGAGGUGUGUGCCAGGACUGCAGCAAAGACUGCUCAGUUUUUGUUUGUUUUUUUUGUUUUUGUUUUGUUUUUUUAAAUUUUGAAUUGUAUGAAAUUAUGAUCAUAUCCAAAUGUCACUUUGAUAACCUACAAUGUGAUGUCGUUUCCUGGGGGGGAGAAUUUCUAAAAGAAAAAAGAAAUUGAUCUACAAAAAAUAAAAGAAUAUCAAAAAUAAA